UACAGUUAUAACAUUUACUAACAAACCACAGAUCUUAAAAAUAUUUGGAAAAGCAGGCUAAUGUUAAUGCUGUGCGGAGAGGUAGCUAAUAAUUGGAGCCAUGAAAUGAUUUUUCUCACGGGACAGUGAGUGCAAGAGAUGGAGGCAGAGGAAAGUAAAAUAUCAGUGUGGGUUUGUCGUGAAGAGAAGCUCGUGUCGGGCUUAACGAAGCGGACGACCUGCGCGGAUGUGAUACGGGUUUUACUGGAUGAACAGAAUUUGGUUGAACUCUCUCUCUCGGGCUCUCCUCGGUCCUACUGCAUUGUGGAGAAAUGGAGAGGAUUUGAAAGGAUUUUACCCAACAAAACCAAGAUCAUGCGCCUGUGGAGCGCGUGGGGAGAGGAGCAGGAAAACGUCAGGUUCGUGUUGGUGAAAAACGAAGCGUCUGUGCCCAGCAGCGGGCCGCGGAGCGCGGAGGCGCGCGUCGUGCUCAGCAAGGAGAGCCCGUGCGCAACCAAGGGAACCGCGAGAGUGACCAUGGCUCUGUCACAAGAGAAACAACGACGGAUCGUCAGGAAAGCAUUUAGAAAGUUGGAUAAAAUCAAUAAGAAAAAGGCUCAGUCUGUGUCCAAGGACGCAUCGUCUAUGGAGAAGAUGGAGACCAUGGUGCACCUGGUCAUGUCUCAAGAUCACACCAUCCGCCAGCAGGUUCAGAGGAUUAAAGAGCUUGACAUGGAGAUUGACAGGUAUGAGGCUAAAGUUCAUUUUGAUAGAAUGAAGAUGCAAGGGAUAAAUUAUGUCCAGGAUACGUAUUUAGUGGACACGAACCCGGAUAAAGCUCUGCUCGGCGAGGGGGACAACGUAAGUUCGGCAGAAGCCCUUGCCCAGUUUGAGGAAUAUGCUGAGAGAUGUGAGGAGAUGAUUAAACUACAGGAACAACUAGCUGAACAAGAAGCUCUUAUGGAGUGUAUCACGACUGAGAUUCAGGAAGAACUCAAUCAAAGGUGGAUGAAAAGACGACACGAGGAGCUUUCUAAUAAAGACCCUGAAACCAUCUCCUCUGAUGCAUCGCUCACGGUUACAAGUCAAACUCAAGAAAGUGAUGCUGGACUUACCGUGGCGGACGUAUCUUCUGAAAAUGAGCUGGUUUUGGAAGAAGAGAGAAUCAGAACCCAACUUGACACGAGUUUGUACAUCGGUCUGCGGUUGAACACGGAUUUGGAGGCCAUAAAGAAUGAUUUGGACUUGACCGAUGAGAUUUGGAAUGCAAAAGAGAAAGAGCUGAUGGAUUUGCUGAAGAAAGUGAACUGUAUGGAUUUUGAGGAGGAUACUGAGGACGACGAUGAUCUGCAAGGAAACACGAUAGAAACGGAAGAACCGAUGCCACUGAAGGGAGACAGUGUUUGGGUCGAGCAGGCACGAGGACUUGCAAAAACAUGCGACAUAAACGAUGACGAUUCAGAUACGGGACUCAGUUCAAUGCAUAGUCAAGACUCGGAUAUCACAGCCAUCUUUGAAUCUUUAGUGUAAAUCUACUGUAAAUUCCUGUUUCAUCACCACAGCUUGUAUUCAUAUUGUCAGUUGCUGGAUAAUUGAUUGUCAUAAUGUAACAAAGCGAGAACACAACUAUGCACUUAAAGUUGUUUUCAUUUAUUCAUGUUUAUCUACAAUAAUCAGUGUUAAUUUCAUCUAGAUGAAGAAUAGUUACAAUACUUUGUUGGAUCGGCACAUGGUAUAGUUUGGACAAUAUAUUAUUUACUGUACACUUACAUGUAACAUUUUUUGUUUUACUUUGGGUUAUAUCAUUUUUUUAUUCACACUUACUAUGUGUAAAAAGACCUUAUCAAGGCUGUCCUGGAAAUUCAUUAUUCAUAAAAAACUGAAUUAUGGUGCUAAAAGAUAUGCCCGUAUUUUGUUGCUCAUGACAUAUCAGCAAGUGUGUAGUUCAUUGUCAUUUUAUGAGCUCUGCGUUGUUUAUAACACAGAAGUGGAUUUUACAUUAUAUUAUAAUAUUUCACUGGGCUUCCAUGUAUUUACAAUUGUACAAAUGUAAAUGUUGAGAAUGUUAUGAUAAAGCAAUAAGAAUCUGUGAUUAAGUAAAAUACUGAAGAAAGUUUUCAUUUAUUUAUACUUUAAAACAGUUCUGAGCUGCUGUGUGCACUGAGAGGGUGAAUAUCAUGAAAUGAGCACAUGACAUGUUUCGUAUUUCACAUAUAGCAUAAAAAAAUGAAGAGACCAUUCCAUAUUUUAAUUUAAUCAGCAUUUUUAAAUGUAUUGUGGCCAUUCCAGUCCAGUGUCUGUUGAAUUUCAACAAAAUCAAACCUCAGGAGUGACAAAGUCACCCAACAGCAAUGUGAAAGACUGACAGCAUGAAAACUGUGAUAAACUCGAGGUUAUCACAUAAACUUUUUUUUUUUAACUUUUCCUAAAUGCAUCUACAAAUAUUACUAUUGUAAUGCUUAAAAGUGAACAUGAACUUGCUUUCUUUGCAGUAUUUGUGAUCUGAGAAUAUACAGAGCAUCUUUUUUGUUAUUUUGACCUAUUUCUCCAGUUUUCAUU